UUCAGAUCAUAAAGAACUUGAAUCAUCAUCACAAAAGAUGGACAAUACAUGUAAAACCACAAAACCACUUAGUCUGAAAUCUGAUGUGACAACAAAUGAUAUACAGAUGCCUAUGCCAUGCCCUAAGAUCAGAUGUUUCUGUUUGCCUGCAGAUAUGUUCCCUCUUGCAAGCUCUCCUAAUGAGAAAAACAGCAGAAAUGUGGGAAAUGUCAAUUCAGACAAGUUUUUCCAGAAUCUUACCUUUGAAGGACUUAAUAGAAAAGAUACCCCUACUACUGUUGGCUCCCAAAAUAAUGGUUUUGAUCAGCAGAUUCCACAAAAAUCUCAGGGACAACAAUGCGAAGCAAAGAACUUAACUGGCACAAGUGCAGUGAUUUUGCCAAGUGUACUCCAGGAAAAAGUGACAAUGAGCAUCAAGGUUAGUAGUGACCAUUCCAAAGGUGCCACACAGCCCAACAUGCCAGCCAGUACAGCAAGAGAGGCACCAGUGAGACUGUCCUCUCAUUCUCACCUUCUUGCUCCUGCAAGAGCUCCCAGAAUACUGCAGCCCCAUCUCACGACAACAUUUUACAAACCACCUACCCUGACCAGCAAAGUCAGGGGGACUGAGGAGAGACCAGCUUCACCUUCAGCAGCAGUGCCUCCUAGCACAGCUCUUACUCCCCUGAGUCAUGUGAAGAAAGAUGUUCCAGAGGCAGACAGCACAUCAGCUUAUGCUUUGAAACCAGCUGCUGAGCCGAAAGAGAACUCUGAGGAGCUCAGCCUGCCUGACAUGAAUCCAAUGUGCCAGGGACUCAGGCUAAAACAAAUGGAAGAGUUACAAGACCUUGAAUUUGAAAUGCCACAGUUUGUGUAGGUUGUCAAAAUUCAGUUUUUCUUUUUCUUGUUUCGUUUUUAUGUAUUGUGUUUAUUCUAUGAAAGAAUGUUGUGACAGAACCCCUUUUGUAUAGGAUUGCCAAAGUGUAUAUUUUGCCUUUUGGCCUUGUAUCGUGUUUGCUAGUCAUAUAGAAUGAUAAUGUUUUAGUCAUAUAGAAUGAUAGUGCUCACUGGUAUUGUCUUUAAAUUCUGUGUUUUUGAAGUUAUGCAUAAAAUAAGUAUUUUAAUUUUUAAUUUAAAAUAAUUUUCUCUAUAAACUGAUUCAUGUAAAUGCAUCUUUAAUGUAUAAUAUUGUUCUCAACAAAUAGGGGCAGUAGGGGAAAAGGAGCUUUAUUUUGGAGUAAACCUAGUGCUGAUUCAUAAAAUGCUUCUAAAGGCAAGUGCCUGAAAAAUCUUGAUUGGGUAUGAAUAUAUUUUUUCCCACAUAACAUUCUAGUGCAUCUUUGAACACUUGUGUUGUUAUAGCAUGUAUGGAAGCAUUGGCAAUUCACUUAACUUUUUUAAUAUUUACAUAGUGGCCUAAAAGCUUGUGAAUCUGUGUUUACUAGCAUUCUACUUGUCAAUUGUUACAUAUGGUAAUUAAUACAAUUGUAGAA